CCAACCCCAACCACCCAUCCCACACAUCCACAGCAUCAACAAAAUCACCACCAAAAUGUCCCGCCAACUCAUCUCCAGCGAAAAAUUCCCCCCCAAACCUCACAACUGCCCCGCCGUCAAAGUCCCCGGCCUAGUCUUCCUCGCAGGCCAAACCGCCACCGGAGAAAUUAAACAAGCUACUAGAACCGUCCUCCAAAACCUCAAAGAAGUCCUCGAACUCUCCGGCUCAUCCCUCGAACAAGUCGUCAAAUACAAUGUCUAUCUGGCAGACAUGAAAGAUUUCGCGGCCAUGAAUGAAGUAUACAUUGAGUUCUUGCCGAAGCCCAUGCCUUCACGGUCGUGUUUACAGGCUGUGCCGCCGGGGGAGGGCACGGUUAUUGAGAUUGAGUGUAUUGCGCAGGUUUAA